GCUCAAGCCCAGGGGGUCACAUCACUGCGGCCGAAGGCCGCACACAGACGCUCUGCCGCGCAGCGCUGCCCGCACGAGCGUUCUCGUGCGGAGCCGCCGGGGCCAAGGCAGCCGCGAAGCGGCGCUGGCCGCCGGCAUGGCGGCUCCGGCCGCGCCCGCCGGCCCGCGGACGGCCGCGGCCCCGCCGCGCGUCCAGGCCAUCGACUUGAGCGAGGAGGAGGACGGCGCAGUGCUGGCGGCGGCGUCCGCUCGGGCGGCACCCGCCUCGUCCCGCCCGGGCACCGCCGGCGUCGGCACGAGAGCGCUGCAGGAGGCGCUGGCCCGGGAGCGGGCGGAGCGCAGCCGCGCUCUGGAGGAGGUGGAGGAUCUACGCGAGGAGCUCGAGGAGCUGCAGUCCCAAAAGGAGGCCAGCGAGAGAGCGCUCCGCGAGAGAACAGAGCAGCAGAAGCAGACCGAGCGUGACGUGCGCAUGCAGGCUCUCAUCGAGCAGUCGCGCGCCAGCCGGCAGAGGCUCACGUGCGACGAGCUCGCCCGGCGCCUCGCGGAGGCCAAGCGCGAGGCCGAGGGGGCGGCUCUGCCCUCGGGCGAAGGCUCCCAGCUCGUCUUCGACAGCUUCCGCGCAAGCAUCCUCUCCCUCGUGUCCAACGGAACCCGGGCGGCUCAGUUCACGCCCCUGUGCCCGGCUGGAGCUCAUGGUGGCCAGGCCGGCCAGGUGAGGGUGGUGGAGCUCUCGGCCGAGCUGCACCACGGCCCCAGCCCGCACUCCCGGCCUGGGACGGCCUCUGGCAGGCCCGCGCUGGCGGCCGCCGCGGAGGUGCCCAUUGAGGCGCCCGUGGAGGCGCCCGUGGAGGCGCCGGUGGAGGCGUCCGUGGAGGUGCCCAUUGAGGCGCCCGUGGAGGCUCCCGUGGAGGCGCCCGUGGAGGCGCCCGCGGAGGCGUCCGUAGAGGCGCCCGUGGCGGUGCCCGUGGCAUCGCCCGUGGAAUCGCCUGUGGGGGCGCCCGUGGAGGCGCCUGUGGAGGCGCCGGUGGAGGUGCCCGUGGAGGCGCCUGUGGACGUUCCACGGGAGGCGCCCGUGGAGGCGCCCGUGGAGGUGCCCGUGGAGGCGCCCGUGGAGGCGCCCGCGGAGGUGCCCGUGGAGGCGCCCGUGGUGGCGCCCGCGGAGGUGCCCGUGGAGGCGCCCGUGGAGGCGCCCGUGGAGGCGCCUGUCGAAUCGCCCGCGGAGGUGCCCGUGGAGGCGCCGGUGGAGGCGCCCGUUGAGGCGCACGUGGAGGCGCCCGUGGAGGCAUCGUCGCGGGAAGACCCAGAGGAGGCCGCCCCGCAGCAGCGCCUGACGCCCCUCUGCGCGGCGCCCUUCGGCUGCGAAGCCGCGGCCUCCGACCGCCCGCGGAGCGCGGGCGCCGAGACGGCGACGACGUGCUUCGCCGGCACCCCGUCGGGGGCGAGCUCGGCGGCGACGGCGGACGACCUCGCGGGCGAGGAGGCUGCCGCGACGGGCCUCGCCGGCACGCCGCGGAGCGCGAGCUCGGCGGCGGCGGACGGCGCCGCGGGCGCGGGGGAGGCCGCGGCGUGCCGCGCCGCCGCGCCGUGCAGGGCGGGCUCGGCGGCCGCGGCCGAGCACGAGGAGAGUGGCAGCAGAGACGAGAAGGGCGCCCUGGAGGUCGGCGCCGACGGCGAAAGCGACGGCGAGGGGGGAACCGAAGAGGCCUCCGCCGACGAGGAGGCUUCGGCCGAGAUGAACGUCUCCGACUCCGACUCCGAGGGGGGGAGCUGCGAGGACGCGGCCGAGGAUGGCCUCGAUGGGGAGCGCGGUGCCGCCACGGGGGCGCUGGAGGCGGAGGCGACGGAGGAGGCGCCCGGCGGGGAGCUCGUGCUGGCGGUCGCCCCCGGCGGGCCAGCCGCCGCCCCAGCGUUCGCCCCGGGGGGCCACGCCACCGCGCUGCGCGCCCGCAGCCGCGAGGGCGGCUCCCGCCCUGCCUCGGCGUCCAGCGGCGCCCCGCCGGCACGCCCGGCGUCGAGGCAGCGUGCGCCAGCGCGCCCGCUCCAGGAGCCCCAGCGCAGGGCGCUGCCCGCCGACUCGCUCCGCCUGCACGCGGCCCACCUCGCCGCCGGGAGGCUGCAGCUUGGCCGGUCCGCCGCGGCCGCGCCGCCUGCCCCGGCGCCGGAGCCGCAGCCGCGACCGCCUCCGCCUUCGCAGGCGCGCUGGGAGGCGCCCGCUGCCCCGUCCGCGGAGCGCUGGGCGCAGGGCAGGCGCGCGCCGGGCAUGCCUGGAAGCAUUAUGAGCCUGCGCAACUGCCACACGUACGACUACUCGCAGAAGCUGGUGCUGACAGCGCCAGUGCCGAGCAAGCUAGAGUCUCUCUCCAGGCCCCGCGCAGAGGGGACGAAGACACUGGUAAUGAAGCGGCAGCACAAGCUGAGCUCUUUGGACGACGUCUACGCUCGCAUGGUUCCAGGAGAAGGCCGUUCGUUGUCGAAGGUAAGCAGCCUCCCCGUUCUCACGUCUGGGCGCCUUCCCCAGGGGCGAGUAGUACACCGAGAGCUGCAUCCCCUCGCACACGCAUCCCAGCGGAGGCUGGCCGAGGUCAGGUGAUCGCCGACCUUUCGGCGGUGCACCCUGGCAUCAGUGGUAGCUUAUGCGCCCUUGCAGCGAAUCCCUCGUCUCUCGUUCCCCUCUUCGCCCCGCCUCCUCCUCUGUCUCUUGGUGCGGCUGCCCUGCUUCUUCCUGCCUCCUUGCCGUUGUCUAGGCUCGUGCGCUCGCUCGCGCGCGGACGCUUUGGGAGCCAGAGCUCGGAUCAGCACUUCAAUCGUUUCACUUGCGACGCUAAUGUUUCGCGAGCGGGCUAGCUGAUAGCCCUUACGCCGGGAUUUCGGCAGCUGGUGCACCACUGUAGCCUGAGGCAUGGAGACUGGUGUCGCAUAGCGUUCGACAAACCGCUACAUUCUUCGACUCCCGAUGUCGAUGUCCUCCUCACUCCAUUCACAAGCUACAUUUGUGGAGGUCCGCACAGGUCAGGAGUGCCUAUUGGUGUGCGUGUGUAUGUGUGUGUGUGUGUGUGUGUGUG